AGGAAGGGAGGGCGAGAGGAGAAGGAGGGAUGGAGAUGGAUGAUAGAUGCUUAUGUAGCGCGUCCCGUACGUUUGCCGUUAUGCUCGGCCGCAGACAAACUUGCAUCCUCCCGUGACUUUCUUUCUUACCCCUGCUGCUCCACCCAUGAAGCAGGACGCAGGGCGAAUGCGUGCCAGUGUUCCGGAGCGCGUCGUGAUCGCUUAUUUAUCCGUCUGAUAAAUGGUUUUGGAGCUCGCCGCGCCCGCCGGUGCAGGCCCUGCGCUCCAGCGCUGCAUCCCGCACAUCCAGCGGGUUUUCCGGGUCCGAGUGAGCUGCAGCACCGCCGAGUCCAGCUGCGAGAGCCCCAACGCCGGCUCCAGUAUCAUCGUAAACAUCGAGGACGGCAAGGAAGAAGAUUGCACUAAAGCUAAAGAGUACAUUGUGUCGUUGAUCAGUCCUGUGCAUAAGCACCGUGAGCGUUUGACUCUUUGGCUGCAGCGGCGACUGCAUGCCCUACGUGCAGCUAUUGAGUACGAAAGCUGCGCCGUGGUGCAGGUGAGGGACCAUGCACUGGAGCUUCAGGGAGGUCAUGCGCAGGUAACAGCUGCAUGCGCUAUGCUGCAGCGCCUGAAGAUGGAGCAUCGUGGCUGCCGCGACCCACAGCCCUUGCCCGCUGCCGCCGGCCACGACUCUCCAGAAGAAGAGGAGGAGGAGGACGAAGAAGCUGGGGAAGACGGGAGCAGUUCUGAGAGCGACGGAGAGGCACGGUCGCGGAGCGGAAGUUCUGGAGGUGCUAUCAGUGCAACAAGCUCAGGAGAAGGAGGGACCGGAAGAAGGCAGGACCCGCUCACAGUAACCAAACCUCACCGGCAGCUAUGUCGCUCAUCCUGUUUGGACCGUCCCAGCUUCAGUCAGAGCAGCACCUUACAGGAGCUACGCACAGAUGACACCCGCUCCGACUCCUCCCAGAGAGCCCUCGCUCCGCCUGCCACCUCAGCCCAAAUGUCCUUGCGUCAAACCAGCGAUCGAGAUUACCAAACCAAAAUGGACUUUGCUCUAAAACUGGGUUAUUCGGGAGAGCAAGUGGAGUCUGUGUUGAGUAAACUGGGGUCCAGUGCACUAAUCAAUGACGUGUUGGCCGAGCUGGUGCGACUGGGGAAUAAAGGAGAUCCGGAGAGCCAGACAGCAGCGGGCACUGCUGGUUUAAUGCCACGGGCGGUGGGAGCCAAAGAAGCCGUAAGCCCCGAGGCAUCACUGGAGGAAGACCCAUCAGAUACGUAUGACAACCUCAGACCAAUUGUGAUUGAUGGAUCCAAUGUUGCCAUGAGCCAUGGAAACAAAGAGGUGUUCUCAUGCCUGGGCAUUCAACUGGCUGUUGAUUGGUUCCUGGAGAAGGGCCACAAAGACAUCACAGUUUUUGUCCCAGCAUGGAGGAAAGAACAGUCAAGACCUGAUGCACCAAUCAAAGAUCAGGAGAUCCUACGGAAAUUAGAGAAGGAAAAGAUCCUCGUCUUCACGCCGUCUCGCAGAGUCCAAGGCCGGCGAGUGGUUUGCUACGACGACCGCUUUAUCGUCAAGCUGGCCUGCGACUCAGACGGGAUCAUUGUGUCCAACGACAACUACCGGGACUUGCAGAAUGAGAAACCGGAGUGGAAGAAAUUUAUUGAGGAACGACUCCUCAUGUACAGCUUCGUCAACGACAAGUUUAUGCCUCCUGAUGAUCCUUUAGGCAGACAUGGUCCAAGUCUGGAAAAUUUUCUCCGCAAACGACCAGUGGUUCCAGAGCACAAGAAGCAGCCGUGUCCUUAUGGUCAGUACAGCAAAAGUAAAAAGUGCACGUACGGCCAUAAGUGCAAGUACUACCACCCGGAAAGAGCCAACCAACCACAACGGGCUGUUGCAGACGAGCUCCGAGCCUUUGCAAAACUCUCCGCUGUAAAGACAAUGAGCGAGGGAGCACUUGCCAAAUGUGGGACCUCUGGUUCUGUUAGCAAGGGAGACAGUAGCUCAGAGGCAAAGCGAGUGGCACCCAAACGCCAGUCUGACCCUAGUAUCCGGUCGGUUGCAUGUGAGCAAGAAGAGAGGCUCUGUCCAACGCGGAAGGCUGAGGCCAAUUCGGUACCGUCUUUAGUUUCAGCGCUUAGCGUUCCAACCAUGCCGCUGACGAAAAGUCACGCAGCAGGCGCUCUGAAUACGCGCUCGGCAAGCAGCCCUGUUCCAGGGUCUCUGCACUUUACCCACAGCUCGCUUGAGCACGCGGGCAGCGUCCAGUAUCCCCCUAUCCUAGUCACCAAUAGCCAAGGUGCCUCCGUGGCUUACGGUGAGCCGUUCCCCAAGUACGACUCUGUGGUAAGUGACCAUGGCUACUAUUCCAUGCUCAGUGACUUCUCCACCAUCAGCCUCCAAGACAGUUUCUGCAGUCUUGAGCAGCCAGAGCCUGUAGGGGUGGGUGGAGGAUAUCCUGGCAGAGCCAGCAUGUGCCCAGAACCCGGCCGAAGCCAUUCGUCGGACUCCUUCUCGUCCUACAGCGGAGAGAUGUACCUCAACUCAUUGGAGGGCAGCCUGGACGACAGCAUGAAAGGACCACCUUCGCAGACCCAGACGCAGUCUUCGGCGCAAACGCGCCUUCAAGCCUUCGCUCACGGUUUCCACCAUGAGGCCUUGACACGUGUGCAGAGCUACGGAACGGAUGAACCCAAACCGGGACCUCGAAAGCAGUCCUCCGCCCACCUUGCACCACACACCCAACACACGGUUGUUGCCGCCCGAUCCAGCUGCCCAGGAGACUACCCUCCUCUCUCCCAGAACGUGUUGCCUUCCGCCAGCCCCUCGCAGCAGGGUCGAUCCUUAGGCAUGACUCGAAUGGACAGCAUCUCUGACUCACGGCUCUACGAGAGCAACCCGCUGCGCCAACGGAGACCUCCUCUUUGCCGAGAGCAGCACGCCAGCUGGGACCCUUUGCCGUGUGGUAACGAGCCCUACAGUUACGGAAGUUACGGUUUAACGGGAGGCCUUAUGCCUUGCUGUGAAAGGGUGAUGGUCCGCAGCAUGCCCGAGAAGAUGGAACAGAUCUGGAGGUCCCCGUGGGAUAGCGUGCCGCCUCCACCGCCCAGCGCUCGCGGGCCAGCGGAGGAACCCCAAGAGCGGCACCCUAUUCCAGAACACCAGUAUCAAACAUACCGAAACCUCUGUAACAUCUUCCCGGCAUAUGUGGUCCAUUUGGUCAUGGAGGAAAACCCUCACAUGACCGAUCCCCAGCAGCUGGCUGCCGUCAUUGUCACUAAAUUGCGUUCUUGCCACUAAGCACAUCACAAAAGGCUGCUAACAACACCACCACGAAUUGGUGGUGAGAAAUUGGACACCUUGAGAAUUUCGUAUUUUUGUUUCACUCUGAAGAAACGGCCAUUCCCCGUAUGUAAUUACGAUUGGAUCCAUUAGGAGGUUGGCUAGCAUGGUAGCAUUGAUGCUGCAUUGGUUAUGUUAUCUGUUAAGCCAUAUGGGAGUCUGGAUCUUGUACCUGAGAAGUUUAGCAUCGUAAAAAAGUCCUGCGUUCUCCACAGUUCAGCUCCUGAGACGGGCCGAAAUGUUCUUAGGGUUGUUCAUAAAGCCGACUCAAAAGUGUAUCCACAUUGAGAGAGCAACUGCCUGCCAGUUUGAUGGCAGAUCUUGAGAAUGUGUUAUUUUGAUGGUGAUGAUAACAUUUAUCCUUUGAAAAAGAGUUACAUGAGAGAAAUCUCUUUGGUAAAACCGAUCAGAAAUGAUCCUGCACAAUAUGAAUAGUAUUGUGUAUGUAUAUGUGUAUUCACUUGCAUUUGCGUGUAAAUAUGACGUGACGCCGUGGUGUUUUUUUUUUUUUUUGUUUGUUUUUGUUUUUUUUGUUUUUUUUUGGUGUGCGUGAUGACGUGUGAUUUCGGAAAGAGGAAUGAACGCUUGCGUACCUCAAAGCAUGACCUUUGAACUUUAUGGCCUUACAUCGGAGUGACCUCACCACACGUGGUAAUGUGAAUAGUGCUUAAUAGUUGUGGAGGUCGCUGUUUUGCAUUUGUUUUAUAAAAGCGAGCACUGGGACAGAAAGAUUUAGAUUCUGCCGUGCUGCGGUUCAGACUUUUUAAUUGGCUGGGCUGUAAUUGCAAACCUGCCCAGCGUUGUCUGUUCGCACACAUGCACGGAUGCAAAUUUACGAAGCCAUUUUAAAAGAUUGAGCCAAAAAGAUAGGUUUUUCUGAUCUGAAAGCACUAGUUGGAGAAAUUAUUCAUAUGUAUUUCCUAAAUGUUGUUGUCGUAUUGUAGAUUUUAAGAGAGAUGUUUGAGUAAGCAUGGGCUUCAGUAAAUCUCUCCCAGACAGCAUGUUAGCACUAUGCUUGACAGAGAGCGCCGCUCACGUUUGGCUCGUUAGUCGAUAACUAUGUUCAAAUAUUCACAAACUGGGGAGGAGAAUGAGUCUCUUCGGCAAAAUGCUCCUGUGCAGCAUCUAUUUCCUGAUUGAUGCCGAGAGACCGCCCCAUUUCAUCUGCUCCGCCCUGUAAAUUAACAUAUCUUCAGGAGAGCGUGAAUGUUAUUGGUCCAGAGAUGCUCUGGGUGUUUUCAAAAAAGACUUAAAUUGCUCCUUCAUUUUUUUUUCAUGAGCACAGGUGUGGCCCCGUGGGGCCCCGUUACUGCUCGUGGGAAGGUGUGACACACUGCCUACCUGUCUCUUCCUGUGCGACACACACACGGAACACCAGGCUGUUGUUGGGUUGUUUCUGACAUUUGGCUGACAGUUCGCUUGCUGCCUCUCUACCGCCCCCGACCCUGCUUCGACUUGGACACAAAACCCAACCUCUCAGCUCUACGAACACAGACGGUUCUCGUUCCCCUUAUUCUUUUGUUUUUCAACAAGGUUCUUCCAGAAGGACGUAAAUGAUCAUUUUUUACAGUCUUAUUCUUUAGAGGUUUUUGAAAAUUAUUUUAAAAUGUUUUUUUUAAUGGUUAUUUACACAUUUUAGGCCAGAAACAUUUAUGCAAGUACAUGAGCGUAGCAUCACACUGUUACAAGCUCAGAAAGUCUAGAACUGUCAAAGAUCAACUAUAUUUUUUUCUUUUUUUUUAUGAUUUAGUAAUUGAGAGUUAGGGUUAUUUUUUUGUAUGUUUAUUAUUGCCUGCUAUAGUACCAGCUGUGGCCGAAUUGCAGUUCUGUUGUGUUAUGAAUUGUGAUACACUGACAUGAGUGCAAUGACAUGAAAAAGGGAUAGUUCACCCAAAAAGUAAAUUCUGUAAUGAAUUACUCACCUUCAUGUAGUUCCAAACCCAUAAGACUUUUGUUCAUCUUUGGAACACAAAUUAAGAUAUUUUUGAUGAAAUUCAACAGCUUUCUGAGCCUGCAUAGACAGCCAUGCAACUACCACGUUCAAGGGCCACAAAGGUAGUAAGGACAUCAUUAAAAUAGUCCAUCUGACAGCAUACGAAGACUGACACAGAAGAGAAGAAAUUGUUGAACAAAGUCCUUGUUUCUUAGCUUCAUAAGAUUAAGGUUGAACCACAGAUGCCACAUGGACUAUUUUAACAAUAUUCUUACUACUUUUCUGGGCCUUGAACGUGUCAGUUGCGUUGUUGUGUCAGAAAGUAUGCAUGGUCAGAAAGCUCUCAGAUACUGAAUUUGUGUUCCGAAUAUGAACGUCUUUCAGGUUUGGAACGACAUGAGGAUGAGUAAUUAAAUGAGUAGUUCACUUCCAGAAAAAAAAAUGAAGGAAUAAUGAACUCACCCCAUUGUUUUUGAGGAAAACAUUUCAGGAAUUAUCUCCAUAUAGUGGACUUCAAUGGUGCCCGCAAGUUUGAAUAUCCAAAAUGCAGUUUAAAUGCAGCUUCAAAGGGCUCUAAAAGAUUGGUCAUUUUCUAAAAGAAAUUAAAUUGUAUAUACUCUUUAACCUCAAAUGCUCGUCUUGUAUAGCUCUGCCAUGCGCAUGCAUACUUGGUGUAAUCCAGAUCAAGACAGGGUAUGUCGAAAAACCCCCAUCUCAUCUUCUCCUCACACUUUUAAAUCGUCCUACAUUGCUGCAGAAGUACCGACCCAGUGUUUACAAACUGAACAUGCAAAGAAGGUCAACCUCCCUUUACAAAAAAGGUAAAACAGCGAUGUAGGACGAUUUUGAAGUUGGAGGAGAAAAUGAGAUGUAUUGACCCCGAUUACACAGGGUACGCAUGCGCAUUGCAGAACUAGACAAGAUGAGCAUUUGAGGUUAAAAAGUAUAUUUUAUAUUUUUAUUAUUCAUUUGUUUUUGUUUUUUGUUUUUUUAGAAAAUGACAGAUCGUUUCACUAGAUAAGACCCUGAUUUCUUGGCUGGAGCCCUUUGAAGCUGUAUUGAAACCGCAUUUUUGACAUCCAAACUCACGGGCACUGUUGAAGUCCACUAUAUGGAGAUAAUUCCUGAAAUGAUUUCCUUUAAAAAAACAAUUUCUUUACAACUGAAAAAAAAGGCAUGAACAUCUUGGAUGACACUGGGGUGAGUAAAUUAUCUGUACAUUUUUGUCCUGGAAGUGAACUACUCCUUUAAUGACAGAAUUUAGAUUUUUGGGUGAACUAUCUGUUUAAGGAAUCCACAAGUUUGGGAAUUUACUUGAGGGUGAUAGAUUUCCCCACACAGAUUUCACAACAGUUUCAAGUUGGUCACACACAGACCGCACUUUAAACAUCAUUCAUGUACUUGCAUACAGUACAUUUCAGGCCUUAAUGUGUAUUUUUUUGUUUUGCGAUGGAAGUGUUUUUACAGUACGGUUGGGUUUCUCCUUCUCCUCUUCUCCUCUGAACCUAGGAGCAAAAAAUCCUGAAGGAGGUGUUUCUGGAGCAAUCUAGAAAUGAAUUUCUUGUAAAUUACGACAAGUCCGCUGCUUAUGCUCCGAGGUUCAGCCCCCCAUGCAGUUGAGCAGCAAGCUACCAAACACCAAAUGUCCAGAAACGACCUUUUGCUUGUUGAUACAAAUUGUAUCUAUUUCUUGAUUGUAAAAAAAAAAAAUAUAUAUAUAUUUCUGAGCUGUACAGUAUCACUUAUAUGAGUAUAUAUAUAUAUCUAUAUAUAUUUAAAAAAAAGCUUAGUUUUGUUUAAAAAAAAAAAAGGAUAAAGAAAUAUAAUGCCAUAAUGUCAGUGAUACCGUGUGUCACUCGAGUAGCCCAUAGAGAUGGCUUAUUUCCUGCCGGGCAGACCACUACAGACAGGGAUCUCUCUCUAUCUCUCUCUUUCAUUUCUUUCUCCGUCCUCUCAUACCUCCACCUUUUCCAUGCCUCGAAAUUUGCUGUUUGAUGAUUAUUUUGGAAGCGAUAGUUUACCUCAGCGGAGCUGAACUUCAUUUGUUUGACUGAAGGAUUUUUAGGGCGUGGCUUUUCUCUCUCUGUUAAAGGUAUAGAUUCAGGAGAGACACAUUCUGACACAAUCUGUGUGCUCCUAAUAUAUUUUUUCCUCUGUAAAUACUGAAAAUUAAUGUCGAACCUCUCGUAUUUGCACAGUAUUAGUGCAUUUGACAUACAUCAAGACACUCUACCAGCUUAUCCGAGCAGGAUCUCUCUCAUACACACACUUAGACUCGAUGGGUUGCCUUGACAACCGCAGUCAGCUGAUCACAUGCUAUCAUUAGUACUGAUAUAACUAAUGUAAAAUGUUGACUAUUGUGUGUGCGCUAGUGUGAAUUUAUGGUAAAUUCACCGCUGUUUCACCUGUAACAUAGUUUACCUUCUACAGUGAAGACAUGGAGGCACGUUCCAGGUUGAAGACUGGAUGGAAUUUGCACAAUGUCCUUAUUUUUUUAGUUUUAAUUAGCAAGUAGGUGAGUUUGAGCAACUGAAGUUGAUGCCACACACGCACACACCUUCUCUCAUGAGCGAAAUGUGAGCUUUAUCCGAGUGUCGUACUGAAAGAUGUCCACACAAACACAUGAACACGCACCUCGUAACCUGCCUUACAGUUGAACUACUUUGGUUUGUGAGAGUCGAGCACAUUCUGACUGUACAGCACCGAGCGUUGCGCUUCUUGCUUGUUUUAUCUAUUCUCAUAAGCAGAAGUGCUAAUGAGAAGAUGAGGUUUUUUUUGGUUUCAGCUCUCUAUUGGUGUCUGAACGGACGACCUGAUUUAACCGCACGAACUGCUGGUUUUUCUGAUUAAGCUUGACUAGGAUGUCCGAGAAGAACCUUGCAGGACAAUUGGACGUGCACGAAGGAGAAUACGUCAAAAAAACCAAGCAAACGGGCAUUUCAAACUGUCAGAAGAGAGAUGGUUUCCCCAUCGCUGGUCGCAGAGCUGAUGUAAUCUGUACAUUUCCAUGUAUGUUUUCAAUAUUGAAUACACCAGCUAUAACUCGCUCACACAAACACUCUCACCAACAGAUUGAUUCUCAGGAACUAACAGAUGUAUUAUUAUUUCAGCUCCUUUCUGAAAGACAUUAUCUUUGAUGUUUGCUCUUAUAAAACUGCGGCGAUUUGUGAAGUAGUGUGGAUGAUCUUGAAAAUGUGUUCUUAAAUUCGAUUUCUGCCGUUCAUUUAACAUUUUCCCCCCUUGUAUUGUGGGUUUUUUCGCGCCUUCGCAGGUUGACCGAGUGGUCUUAACACUUUUGAGUCUCGUGCUGUGAUGAUGACGACAUACGAUAGUAUGUUUUACUCUCUACUGAAUGAAACAUGUUGCUUUUAAACUUGUUUUCAAUAUGACAAAAACACGAACCAAAAAAAGAGAACGAAAAAAGAACGUGAAAUGGGGUGGAAAAACUUUAUAACGCUUUGGGUCCGUGGACUCAAACAAAAUGUAAGUCUCAAUGACAAAAGGUGUUUGUUCCUCUCAAUAAAGCCAGACUCUAUUUGGUUAA